CCAUGCAGAGCACUCUUGAUGCUGAGGUCAGGAGCAGGAAUGAUGCCCUGAGAGUCAAGAAGAAGAUGGAGGGAGACCUGAAUGAGAUGGAGAUUCAGCUGAGCCAUGCCAACAGGCAGGCUGCUGAGGCCCAGAAACAACUGAGGAAUGUUCAGGGACAGCUCAAGGAUGCCCAACUGCACCUUGAUGAUGCUSUYAGAGGACAGGAGGACAUGAAGGAGCAGGUUGCCAUGGUGGAGCGCAGGAAUGGUCUGAUGUUGGCUGAGAUUGAGGAGCUGAGAGCUGCUCUGGAACAGACAGAGAGAUCACGAAAAGUGGCUGAGCAGGAGUUGGUUGAUGCCAGUGAGCGUGUUGGACUGCUUCACUCUCAGAACACCAGCCUUAUAAACACCAAGAAGAAGCUGGAGGCUGAUCUUGUCCAGGUUCAGGGUGAGGUGGACGAUGCUGUUCAGGAAGCAAGAAAUGCUGAGGAGAAAGCCAAGAAAGCCAUCACUGAUGCUGCCAUGAUGGCUGAGGAGCUGAAGAAGGAGCAGGACACCAGUGCUCACUUGGAGAGGAUGAAGAAGAACUUGGAGGUCACUGUUAAGGACCUGCAGCACCGUCUGGAUGAGGCCGAGAACCUCGCCAUGAAGGGUGGCAAGAAGCAGCUUCAGAAACUGGAGCACAGGGUGCGUGAACUGGAAACUGAAGUUGAAGCUGAGCAGAAACGUGGAGCUGACGCUGUUAAAGGAGUCCGCAAAUAUGAGAGGAGAGUGAAGGAGCUGACCUACCAGACUGAGGAGGACAAGAAGAAUUUGAUCAGACUUCAGGACCUGGUGGACAAGCUGCAGCUCAAAGUCAAGGCUUACAAGAGACAAGCUGAGGAGGCUGAGGAGCAGGCCAACACCCACAUGUCCAGGCUCAGGAAGGUCCAGCAUGAGAUGGAGGAGGCUCAGGAGCGUGCUGACAUCGCUGAGUCCCAGGUCAACAAGCUCAGAGCCAAGAGCCGUGAUGCCGGAAAGUCUGAAGCUGAAUAAGGGACUCCAUUUAUUUGGGAACAUUUUAAUACACAUCA